AUGUCUGCGCCGUCUGCACCGUCUGGCGCGUCCGUCGCCGCCAACCCCUCGGGGAGUGGCAGCGCCGUGUCGACUGCUCGCGUCGGCGUCGGAAUCCAGCCCGCGCCGGCUGGCUCGAACGGCGCCGGCGCAGCGGGCAACGCGGCAGCAGGAGCCGCCGCCGCCGACAAGAAGCGCAAAGCGCCGCCAACAGCAGGUGGGGGACAGGCCCGACCGAAAGAGGCUCGCACGGGCUCUGCGACAGAGGACGAAUCGGGCGCGCCAUCGCCCACGGCAUCUGUUGCUACAGCGCCCGCGGCGCCGCGACCCCGCGAGGCAAAGCGCACGCGCGUGCACUUUUCGUGCGUCGAAUGCCAUCGGCGUAAACAAAAGUGCGAUCGCAAGGAGCCGUGCUCGCAAUGCGUCGCCAGGAGGGUACCCCAUCUGUGCCGCCCGUUCUUGAACGGCGUCGAGGACCCCAACGCGAAUUCGGAUGUCCACGCCCGUCUCGCGACCAUCGAGGGCAUGCUCACACGACUCGUGUCCGCGAUCCCACAAGCACUGUCAACAAGGCCGCUAGUCGAGGGAUCCAGCCCGGACGUGUUGUCAAUAGCGACACAGGGCGAGGAUGUGUUCCACCCACAGUCUGCGCCACCCACAUCGACUCAGCCCGAACCUCCACGACAGGUCUACCCCCACAAGCCACCUCCCUCUGGCCUCUUCCCCGCAAAUCUGUCCACCACGACACCCGUGGGCCGCUCAGGAUUCGGUUGGGGCCUCCGAGAGGGGCGCAUGAUCUCGCUCAGCGUCGAAGACAAUGCCGACCUGCGCGAAGUCCUCGCCACCCUGCGAGAAAGCGGUAUCACCAAGAACCAUCUCGAGUGGCUCAUCUCUGGCGUACCUGGCAGACGCAUGGCAGACGGCCUCGUCGAGCUCUACUUUCGCUGGACCCGAUACAAGAUGAACCGCCCGCAGUUUGAGCGACGUUACCAGAUCUUCUUCGACUCGAUCGGACGGAAUCCCACAAGUCCAAAGAUCGACGCCGAUACACUAAAAUGGCUGCCCUUGAUGUUCAUUGUGUUGGCCAUUGCCGCUCUGUCCGCGCCGACAGAGAUUGUGCCUGCGGAUGAGCAGCAGGCCUGGUCGCGAAGAUUCUACGGCUCGGCAAAGAGUGGCCUCGAGUACGCCAAGGCGUUACAACGCGACAACCUGGAGGUGCUGUACGCCGGUGUACUGGCGUCGCGCUACAUGCUCCUUACUCGCCGACCGGCAGAGGGCUCGACGCCGCUCACAACCGCGUUCCAGCUCGGUCUCUACCGUGACGGCACCGUUCUCAACCUCUCGGACAAGCGCGAAGUCGAGGUCCGACGACGUGCAUGGGCGAUGCUCUACCACCUCGACCGCACCAUCUCGCUCCUGGUCGGCCGACCCGCAUCCAUCUCGGAUGCGCACACUGACGCGCGGCCGCCCGCCAACCUGGACGACGAGGAGAUUGAGAGCGGCGACUUUGACCCAGCUGGCCACCCCAUGACGCAGCCAACAGUCUACACCUAUGUCAUUGUUCGCCACCGCCUCGCCGAGAUCAUGGGCCGUAUCGCGUACCACACAUUCACCAUCCAGCUGCCCGACUACCAGACGGUCCUCGCGCUCGACAAGGAGCUGCUCGCGUGGCGCGACAGCCUUCCGUCGUUCCUCGCCAUGCAGAACGCCGACACGAGCCUUGAUGCCACCCACUCGUACCUCUUUGUCCAGCGCCAUCUGCUCGCGUGCGAAUGGUACUACACGCGUAUCACGCUCAACCGACCCUACUUGCUGCGUCGAAAGCCGCAGGACGGACGUUACGCGUACUCACGCAACGCGGCCAUCGAGUCGGCGACGGCCGACCUGCUGAGCAGACGCGACUUCAUGAUGGAGAAGGGCGACCUGGUCAUCAACUCGGGUGGCUACCGUGUCCUCAACUCGUACAUGGUGCUUGGUGUCACCAUCAAACUCGAUCCCGAUUCGCCCCAGGCCGACGAGUUGAGACAUCUGCUGAGCGUCGUCUCUGGCCGCGCCCGGGACGAACAAGGUCGUCUCUCGGAGCCCAUUGUCAAGGAGGAGCUCGCGAUUGUCGAAUUCCUCACCGCCAAGAGCACCACCAAGAACAACUCGUCACCCGCAAAUGGAACGGCUGCCAACGGUCAAGCGCGUGGAGACACUACCGACGAGAACACCCCCGUCGACUUGUUGCUUGGACUCGCAAAGACCAACUCUGGACGACGCGCUGCCGAGGAAGAAAAGCGCCAGCUCCGGCUGCAGCAGCUCCGCGAACGCGAGGAGCAGAGACAGGCCCAGCGGAGAACUGCUCAGGGUGGACCCAACGCGGCCAAGAAUGUCAGCGCCUCCCCAUGGGGUUAUGUGGCUCCCCAGAUGCCCGGCAUCGACGUCCACCAGCCAUUUGGCCCCGCCAACAAUGGAAACCGCCAGUCGCGCCUCCCCAGGCCUCUCCAGCCCCCAGGAACUGCAAACAGGCAAGAAGGGACGAGCGACUCGGCGUCCAUCGGCUCGACGGGCCACGGCUGGUCGCCCGAAAAUCCCUUCAGCUUUACCGAGAACCGCGCGUCGCCCGGCUUUGGUGGACCAGGAGCCAACAACACGCUCAUCCCCAGCCCGCACGCCGCGUUCAGUGGCGCGAAUGCCGCCAACAAUACCAACCAGCAGCUGGCCAACAUCUCGCCGUACCAGGACAUGUCGCUGUCGCUGCCGACCGACCAGCUUGCCGGCCUGACACAGCAAAACGCCAACGACAUCUUCGCGGCUGCUGCGCCGCCACCCGAGUUUGGCACGGCCGUCGACGUCAACUUUGACUUUUCCAACCUCACCAUCCCGCAGCAGGGCAUGGACAUGCACUUCAACCCGUUCGCGAUUCAGCAGACGGGUGAUGAGGGCAGCGGUUCAGAACCUGGCCACGAUGACGAGACCACUUUCCUCAACUUUAUUCUAACCAAGUUUGCCAACAGCUCGGCAGGUGAGGCGAUGUGA